AUAUACACAUACAUGUAGCUUAAUUUAUCUAUAAGAAAUAACGCUUUUUGUGAUCAAAUAUGUUACCGACUUAUAUAUUUUAUUUAUGGAUAUUUACACAAAAUUUUUUGAGCGUUUUUACUUUAUUAGUUCCACGAAGUUGCCGAGACAUUGUUACCACGUCAAACGGUACUGACGGCGAGUACGUAAUUUUUCUGAAGAAUAAUGUCGGUAUUACCGUGUUUUGUACAGGUAUGCAACCAGGUAGAACACCACAAGAAUAUCUGACUUUGCCGACUGGCAGAAGUAAUAACUUUGCAUAUUAUUAUGAAAAUAUCGGAAAAUCUACAGACUGUUCUAUGUUAUAUCCUCUAACACCCUAUAAACUAGGUGGGAAGGCUGAGUACAGUAAAAUCAGGAUAAAAAAUCUCGAUUCAUUGACUAUAGAGUCAAGUGAUCAUUCUUUCUCAAUGCAGGUGAACUAUACAACUGGACAGGUCGAUUAUGGAACAGCUGGAGACAAAUACAGUAGUUCUACAAAUUGUCCUCCUAGAGGCAUUUUUAAGAUUGAUCUCAGACUGACACCUUUUGUUGUGUCACCAAAGGUUAAGUGGACAUGGAGUGGAUCUUAUCCAAAUACCAAAGCUACAGGAACACCAUUUAUAUCAAAUACAACUUAUGUUGGAUGCUUUAUAGACAAAGAUGACAGAAUGCUACCAGCUCAGUAUUUAUAUAACAACCACAUGACUGUAGAUAUGUGUAUACAACAUUGUAGAAGUCGGGGAUUUGCCUAUUCUGGUGUGCAGUAUUACGCCCAAUGUUUUUGUGGAGACAAUCAUAAUAAGCAUGGUGCAGCAGUGGAUACACAAUGUAACACACCUUGUAAAGGAAACCAUCAACAGAUGUGUGGGGGGACCUGGAGACUUUCUAUUUAUGGAACAGGAUUACCACAAACUAUUAUUGGGCGAUGUGGGGGAUAUCCAGGACAGUGUUUCCCUACAUUGAAGAACGAUCCUGGUACUCCAGCAUUGAUGUUACAGUUUAUACCCACUCAUCCAUGUCUACAACCAUUAUCUCCCUGUAAAAAUGAAGGAAAAUGUAUUGCUGUAACAGAUACAGCAUUCAAAUGCUUGUGUUAUAACAUGUAUUCAGGGUCAACAUGUGACAUACAAACAGAGCAGAUAGUAACAAUGGGAGCCCUGUGUCCUGCAGGACUUUACCCAGAGAAAUGUACCUGUGUGCAUAACAAAUGUUCAGGGGCAAAGUUUGAUGGGGAUACAUGUGUUACAACAUCAGGAGAGCCAAAAGUAUUGUGUCGUUAUUCCGAUCCUGGUCAUGUGAUUCUGUUUAAUGUAGAAGGAUCAGGAACAGUGAUAUGUCCAUCUGGAUCACAGAUGGUGGGAUGUUCUUACUGGGACAGUUCAGGUCAACUGAAGGGUAAUGGAGAAGCUGACAAUGCACAGUAUACAACAGGAACAUGUAGCAUGAGACAUGGAUGUCAACAGUGUCGUCUGCAGGCAAGAUGUAAAAAGUUUGAUUGUGGCUGCCAAAAUGGAGGUCAUUGUCACAUGGUCACUGGAGAAUGCAUCUGUAAUGAUGGUUACUAUGGUAGCAAAUGUGAAUCAUUUGAUUACUGCAGCUUUUAUGAAAAACAAAAUGGACAGAGUGCUUGUGGAUCAGGGGGUAUCUGUAAUGCUGUCCCAGCUAACAGUGUGAAGACAUAUGGUGGAGACAAUGUUGGGGAUCAUUGUAUAUUUCCUUUCACCUAUAACGGUACCUCAUAUGGUACCUGUAUUGAAAGUAAUGAUGUUGGUCCACCAUUUUCUUGUGGGUCUGUUUUUGAUGGCACAAGAGAAGGGUAUGUUGAUUUAGGAAUGUGGUCCCCUGGCUCAGUCUACACAAUGGCUGCAUGGGUUAGACCAGACAAGGCAGAUGGAGUCAGGAGGACAAUAAUUGGAGGAGUGGGUGACUGUCUAGAUUAUGGUAUUUACCAUUUUGAGAACUUCUGGGUUUACUACAAAGGAACAGACAGUGCAUGUACUCGAGGAAUUGACACAGGUGUCAGGAUCCAGACUGGAGAGUGGUAUCUAGUGGCAGCAAUUCAGAAUGGCACUCAUGUUAUAAGUUAUGUUAAUGGUAAACAGAGUGCUGUUAAGGUUAAUCCAAAUGUAUUGCCAACUACCAGUGGUUUAUGGAUAGGUGGUGAGGUUUGUUGUCCAACCAAUAGAUUCAAAGGAAUGAUCAAAACAGUCAAAGUAUGGAAGCGACCAUUACAAGUAUCAGAACUUGAGAAAAGUAUGAAUCAUCAAGGAAAUGAUCAGGCAACAGAGGAGGCUUUGCAUGGAGGCCUUGUAGGACAGUGGGAACUAGGGGAGGUAAUCCAACCACCAUGUGCUGGAAUUGAUCAUGGUGGAGAAGAUUGGACAUUAAAAGAUGGACAACAGAUAUCUGGAACUCAUUGUAAUAUCAGUACAUUUACCAUACCCAGAGGAUCUUCUGUAAUAGUGAUUCCAUACAAUGGUACAACAGGAGGCAAACUAGAAAUAGUGGCGGAGAGUAUACAGAUUGAUGGAGUACUUAAUGGUAUAGGGGCUGGCUAUAGAGGUGGUCCAGUACCAUUAGCAGGACAGUCUGGGCAACAGGGACAGUCCUAUUCUGGUCUUGGUCAGAGGAAAGUGUCAGAUAAUCGUGGUGGUGGAGGGGGAGGUGUGGGUGGUAAUUUUAGAGCUGAUCAUGCAGGAGAACCAGGAGCUGGUGGUGGAUAUGGUACUGUAGGAAAAUCUCCAGUAAAAAUAAGAGGAGACAGAGCAGGUUUUGGCCAGCCAGGAAAGAUGUAUGGAGAUGGAUCUCUGAAACAGAUGUUCUUGGGUUCAGGAGGAGGUAGUGGGGGUAGUGCCAAGGAUGGAACUAAAAAUCCUUCAGGUGGUAGAGGUGGUAAUGGGGGAGGUUCCAUCAGUCUGAAGUCUCUAAGGUCUGUAGUGGUCACAGGACUGAUCACAGUCAGUGGAGAAGAUGGACAGGGAGACAAUAUUCCCACAGGAGGACAAUGUUCUGGAUGUCCUGGUGCAUGUAGUGUAAAGAAUUUGUUUGGUUGUCAUGGAGAUAAUAGAACGGCAUGCUGGGAUAUGUCAGGUCCAGGAGGUGGGGGUAGUGGAGGGAGCAUUUAUCUGGCGGGAAAAGUUGUCAAUGUUGGUCAGAAGUUGUUAUGGACCAUGGGUGGCAGAGGUGGCUUUGGUACACUACAAGGAUGUGGAGGGGAUGGUGGAUUAGGGAGGAUUCGUGUGGAUGCUGCUAUAUUUAAAGGAUCAGUCACAAACUUACAAGGUGUUUUCACACAGUCUACACUACAAAAUGAAUAUGUUGAUCACAGUCAAGCAGGACAAAAGUUGAUUGAUUACACUCAUACUAACUAUGGCAAUGAGGUAUAUAGAGGGUGUUUUAAUGACCCUGAUAUUGGUUAUCGUACUUUGGCUUACACUGCACCUCUCACAAAUAACGAUAGGAGCAAAAUGACACCAGACUUUUGUAUGAAGAUCUGCAGAGAUAAGGGAUACCAGUUUUCAGGAACAGAGUAUGCAUAUGAAUGUUAUUGUGACAACCAUUUGAGGAUGGACAGGAAGAUGCCUGAAGGAGAUUGUCAUACUGCAUGCAGAGGAGACGGACAUAAGUUUUGUGGAGGUACUAAUAGGAUAUCUGUAUUUGGUCCCCCUCCAGGUACCCCUGCAUUUGCUCAUAGAGGUGUUGUACAGAAAUGUCAACCAUGGUGUCUCACAGCAGAUGUUGAAACUACUAAUCCAAAAUGGGGCCAGUGUUCCAUGAAAACACAGGAAGUAACAUCAUGGCAGAUAGUGUGCCAGUGUCCUAUAGGCUAUCAAGGAUUCUUUUGUAACCAACCAUGUAAACAAGGUACAUGGGGUAAGAACUGUGCCAAUAACUGUUCAUGUAACAGUAACAACACACAAUUCUGUGACCCAAUCAUAGGUCUAUGUAAAUGUUCACCAGGUUACCAUGACGACCAGUGUAAUACACCAUGCCCCACAGGAUAUUAUGGAGUAAACUGUGCUGGUGUAUGUAAUUGCAGUAAAGCUAACUCACAGUGUAACCCAAGAACUGGAAACUGUAUGUGUAACUCAGGAUGGAUGGGUAGUAAUUGUCAGUAUCCGUGUCCAUCAGGACAUUACGGACAGGAUUGUAAACUUCCUUGUCUCUGUAAUAAUCAGGGAUCAUGUGACCCAGUGGGUGGAACUUGUCAGUGUAAUCCUGGUUAUAUGUUACCCACAUGUGUCUUUCAGUGUGAACGUGGUACAUAUGGACCUGAUUGUGGAUUCUUCUGUAACUGUAACAAUCAACCAUGUGAUCCUGUAACAGGGCUUUGUCAAUGUGGACCUGGAUUCAAAGGUCAACAUUGUGAACUGGAAUGUCCAAUUGGUUUUUACGGCCAAUUUUGUGAGCAGAAAUGCCAGUGUGCCGGGAAGUAUGGGUGUGAUCAUGUGACUGGAGCAUGUCAUUGUGGUCCUGGAUUUGUUGGCCAGAAAUGUGAUGUGGCUUGUCCACCAGGAUCGUUUGGCAUUAAUUGUGCUAAAAGAUGUAACUGCUAUAACCAGCCAUGUGAUGGAGUCACAGGUUUAUGUAAAUGUAACCCAGGAUAUAGAGGUCAUCAAUGUGAGCUGAAAUGUCCUUUAGGUCGCUUUGGAAACAAGUGUAAACAGACAUGUGCUUGUAAAAAUGGAGCAUCUUGUGAUGGUGUCACUGGAACAUGUUUAUGUCCACCUGGUUGGCGAGGUAAUAUGUGUGAAAUGCCAUGUCCGACUGGUUAUGGCGGUCUUGGGUGUAACACUUCCUGUCCUGCUGAUUGUGGAAAUGGAUUCUGUAGUAAGGCAACUGGAUCUUGUAUAUGCACAACACCUGGUACAAAAUGUGAAUGCCCAGCAGGUUUCUAUGGUAGUACGUGUCAAACUCCUUGUGACUGUGUCCAUGGAACAUGUGACAAGACAACAGGAAACUGUCUUUGUGUUGAUGGUUGGUUUUUAACAACUUGUGCCUCACCAUGUCCAACAGAUACAUAUGGUGCUGGUUGUAACGGCAAUUGUAACUGUAACCUUGGAGAUUGUGAUCCUCUCAAUGGAAAAUGUAUCUGUCCCCCUGGCAAGGGGGGUGCUCAAUGUGAUAAACCUUGUCAGGGAGGAACUUAUGGACCUGGUUGUCUGAUUACCUGUCCACCAUGUGGUAAAUAUGCCCAAAACCAGUGUGAUCCUGCUACUGGAGCCUGUGUUUGUAAAACUGGAUAUACUGGUUCCCUUUGUGACCAGCCUUGUCCACAGGGAUACAGUGGUGUCAAUUGUUCCUCAAAAUGCAAUUGUAAGAAUAGUGGAUUGUGUAGGAGUACUGAUGGGGUUUGUCUGUGUCCUGAUGGUUUUACUGGUUCACAGUGUGAACUUAAGUGUUCUACGGGUACGUGGGGAGAAAAUUGUACUAAUAAUUGUUCAUGUGGUUACCAUGGCGAUGGAUGUGAUUUUGCAACUGGUGCCUGUCAUUGUAAACCAGGAUUUUCUGGAGCACAAUGUGGGAAGAGUUGUCCUGUACUGACCUAUGGACAAGAUUGUGAUCAAUCCUGUGAUUGUAAUCCAGAGGGAACCAGUUCAUGCAGUCCAAUUGAUGGAUCAUGUCAGUGUAAAAGUGGCUACCAUGGGAAUAUAUGCUUUGAAGUUUGUUCAUAUGGUGCAUGGGGUAGAAACUGUUCACAGAGAUGUCAGUGUGGUUCCAAUGGCAACUGUAAUCCAUUUACUGGUGCCUGUUUCUGUUCACCUGGUUAUAUAGGAAAGAACUGUCAACAAAUGUGUUUGACAGACCAGUAUUACGGAUUCAAUUGUUCCAAGCAAUGUAAUUGUAAUGGAGGUCACUGUGACCCAACUUCUGGUCGUUGUGAAUGUAAACCUGGAUCUAAAGGACACCAUUGUGAACAGAAAUGUGGACCAACUCAUUUUGGAAUUCAAUGUGCACAGGUGUGUGGAUGUAAAAAUGGUGCUGUAUGUGAUGCUGAGACAGGAAAUUGUCGUUGUCAGCCAGGAUGGUUUGGUACAUUAUGUGAUCAAAGUUGUCCAGCCGGUCAGUAUGGAGUGGAUUGUUCUAUGUCCUGUCCUGACUGUCAGAAUGGUGGAUUAUGUGAUGGUACAUCUGGAAUGUGUGUAUGUUUAUCUGGAUUCAUUGGAAGCUUAUGUAAUCAGACAUGUAGUCAAGGAUAUUGGGGAUUGAAAUGCCAGAUGAAAUGUCCAAAUACAUGUCAGCUUGGAUGUCAGCCUCAGACAGGGAUAUGUAACUGUUCACCUGGUUCCUGUCUAAAUCACGGAUUUUGUUCAAGUAGUGGUUUAUGUUUAUGUAAAGAUACCUUUUAUGGAGACAGAUGUCAGAAUACAACAGGACGAUACUUGAUGCAGCAGAGUCAAUCAGGUGCAAGCUAUUCUCUAUCUAAAGCCCAGUUAGUAGGACUUGUGAUUGGCAUUAUAGCACUGAUUGUUUUAAUUGUUGUUGGUGUGAUAUUCAUCAUGAAAAAGAAAUAUACAGGAGUGUUACUACCUUCUGGAUUGUCAAGAAAGUAUCAACAAGAUACACAAAAGCUGGAAGAAGUUCAGGAUGAUGGUUCUCGAGGAUUUAGCAACCCAUUAGCAGAUGGUGAUAAUGACAAUACAGUUAUAUCACAAAAUGACAAUUCUGAUGCAUGAUCAUGUGAUAUUGACAUUAAAAGACAUUGUUAUCUACACACUGAAUUUCAUAACAUGACCACUAAUAUGUUUUCUAUUUGUGCGUUCAGAUAAUAUAUUUAUAUUUUUUGUUACGCUUCAGAUGAAAACUUUUACAGUCUCAGGUUAAGGAUUUUUAUACUUUAUUCACUUUGAAAAACCUUGAAAAGCAUUUUAUAAAACUUGGAGGACAGUCACAUUCACAUUAUCAUGAUAAAAGAUAGCAUUUGAAGCAAAAUUCUAAAAUAUAUUUUCUUUGUUCCACAUUUUAUUAUUUUGUGGACUCAAUAACCUUUUUCAAACCUUCAUUUAAAGAACAAAUUUUUUUUACAGAAGCUUCCUCAUAAUAAAAAUACUUGUCAUCUAGAUGCAUUUUUUUAUUAAGAUUUCUGUAUUGUACUAUUAUAUGGACUUUUUGCAAUUACCAUUUAAUUCAGCCAGCAGCAGUGUAUAUCAUGUAUGACACUGGUCGUGUUCCAAAGAGCUCUUUAUGACUAUUUGUACUAUUAACUUUGUAUUUUGAACAAAAUAAUCUCAUUUGUAUCAUAUUUUGCUUCUGUCUGCAUCAAAGCAUUCAUCAUCCCUUUGAUGCUUGUGUCAUUAGACAUUGGCUUUUUUACAGAUACUAACAAGAUUGGUCACUGCAGCUUGAGAAUUACAUAGAGAAUCACAUAAGAGAAUCACAAUUAGGUGAAUCUUAAAAUGUUGUAGUGUAUUGUAUAAUUGAUACCAGUCAGUAAUCCAGAUACUUACAGCAUUACAUGAACUAUAUUGGGUGUAAGGAAUGAUUGGUCAAUGUUAUAUUUUCCUAAUCAAAUCCUUUUCCAAAAUACUUUCAGCUAUUAUGUAAACUGUAUUUGGUAUAUGUCUGUCUGGCAGAGUUUAUCUGACCUUGACCUCAUUUUCAUGGUUCAUUGGUUACUGUUAAGAUUUCAUGGUUCGUUGGUUACUGUUAAGAUUUCAUGGUUCAUUGGUUAUUGUUAAGUUUUCAUGGUAAGGUGUCUUUCUCAGAUACUGUAAGCAUUGGGUAAACUCUAUUUGUUGUAUGGAAAGAUUGUAUAAUGUACAUGCCUGUUUUCUCAUUUUAUUUUUCAUUUAAUGAAUCAUUGAUAAUAUAAAUGUAAUGUAUUAUUUGUUGUACAUGUAUAACCUCUUUCUCACAGACUUUCAACAUGAAUUCAAUUAUGUAAUUAUAUAUAAUGAUUUGGGAAGAAUUUUCAGUGUAUGCACUUUUGUUAAAAUCCCUAUAUGUUAUACAAA